UAGAGCAGGGGCAUUGAGUCACAAACCUUUCUGAGGUAAAUUCGUCCAGUCUCAGAGGCUCCACAUUAUGGCACGCAUGGAUUAUCCAACUUUUUUUUUACAACCAUCCUUCUAGCGAACAGUCAAAUAUGUGUCUAGAAUGCUACUUUAGUAACUACUAGCACACCAACAAUUUCAGAUAUCGUUAGAGAAUUGUGAAGGUUACAUUUUUAAACAGUAAAGAGGGAAAGUAUUUGAGGUCAUGGGAAACUCAGAGAGCAUUUGGUGGAUUGUAGUGGAGUGCGCCUGCAGGAUCCUUGGUGUUUCUACAGCAACAGUCUUGUGUGCUGUGGGAGUGGAGACCCUCCAUCAUGGAGAAUUCAACAGCCUCGGUAUCUACCUACUAGUAUCAUCUGUUGGCAUCAUGAUGUUUGAACUUGCCUAUUUCCUGGAUGCUCUUCUGUUCAUGUGUCUGCCCUGUCCUCCAGACUGGCAGCUGUUUGUAUUGUGGGGGAAGAUGGCUCACAUUGGAGGCUUCCAUAAAUUCCUCUAUUACUCCAUAAUGUCAGUGGUCUGCUUCUUGCACCCUGUGCUGGUGUGGCAUGCAAUAAUCCCAGGGACAAUGCUUCUAGUGACAGCCUUUUUUAACUUCAUAUUAAGUAAGAAAACAAGGAUUGAGUCUCCCAAAAGGCCCCAGGAGAGCCACAGCGACCAAGGCCCGACCACUGUCUGUGUGACAGGGGGAGAGGCUUCAGACAGCGCUUUCUCAUUCCUCCACAUGGUGACGGGAUGGAGAGGGGGAGGACUUGCUCUCACAACCAGAGACCGCUGCCUCGGCCCAGGAGAGAGAGGAGAGAGUGUCCAGGCCAUGCUGGAGCUGGAGCAAACAGCAAUACCUAAAGACGCAGAAAGGGAGAGGAGGAGGUGGAAAGAGGAGAGGCUGAUAUGCUUCAGAGGUAGGGAGGAGCCAGCGGAGAGAGAGAUGGAGGAGAUGGACUGCUACAGUGAGCCAGAGCCAGACACCACCUCAGACACUGCACCUAUGAUUACUGACUAAACGUCCCUCUGAGCCCAGGCUAAGCUCCUGAUUGCUAUCACACAAAGGAGAGUAUGUGCAAUGUGUUCAUACCGACUGGUGCUGGUUCUACACUGUGGUGUACUUUUAACUGAAAAUAACAUUAUAAAAUGUAUGACCAGCCAAAAUAAGAGUUAUGAGCAUUUUUGAGUGUUCAAUAAUAAGGUACUGUGUAUUUUAUGUAAUUAGACAACUAAAAUGUAAAGAUUAUUAGAUUUUUUUAUUAAUUGUUCUACUGAUUUGGGUAUUUUUUACUUCAUAGAGAUUUGUACAAGAUGCAAGUAUUUUGAAUUAGAACAAUUUGAUCUUCAAAUGUAUAAAUUCAAAGAAAUGAAACCAUUUGUACCUAAAUUGCACAUGGGUGGGUUUUAGUCUGAUUUUGCAAAGCCAGCAUUGAUUGAAGGGCAGACAUUAACAGCAAGCAAUCCAAUCCCGUUACUGCAGCAUACAUUAUUCAUGAGGCAAUAAAUUAGAUCAACUGUUUCAUUCAUUCAGCGUCAGGGAAAAUACGCACGAUUGUGACUGAGAAUAGCAGGCAUUAAGAGCCUGUGCAGGUGCAUGUGUUAGUCACAUUCAAGUCUCCUCAUUGUGUGUUUGUCGUGUGUGAGCGGUGACCAUGGAGACGGAGCUCUGGGAGGAGUGCUCAUGUUAUUAUGGUGAUGAGAAAAGCAUCAGUUCACCCACCAGAGCGCCACCACAGACAUACGUUUCACCAAACAGAUCUUAUGUGCCACCACACCAAACAUGAUUACAAGUGUUAUUCAUGCAAUAAAUACUUGUCAUAUGCUGUGCAUUGAUAAUAUUAAUAGGCUGUGUGAAUCAGACCCAAGCUCCAUAAAUCACCCUGAAAUUAGCAUAUUUGUGAUACAAAGGAUUUAAUGAAAUGCCUGUAUUAAAAUGUUAUUUGUU